AAUACAGUAUUACAGCGAUAGUCUUCCGGUUCAGAAGUUUAUUAGUUGUAAUAGAACAUUUAAGUAUUCUUUUAGCUUGUAUAGGUAGCCAGUCUGUUGAUUUGAUUUUAAACUAAUUGUCUUUAAUAGUGGUGUUCAACAAAAGUGAUUAAGUUCAAUUGUUUAAUAGCGAAAAAACACCUUGUUGGAAAAGCAAUGUUGCGGCCACAAUCAGCAAUGACACGGCAUGAAUCUGAUAUGGUAAACCGUGCAAAACGGAGUAUAAGUUCAACGACUGAUCCAUUGGAGAAAUUACGAUUGCUGAGUUUAUCACGUGGGGCUAACGGCAUUUUAGGAAUCGGCAGAUUUUUUCGGCGUAUGGAUGAUGAUGGAAAUAAACAAUUAAACUUGGAGGAAUUUAAAACAGGUAUGGCGGAUACUGGACUAGAACUAUCUGAUGAUGAAGUGGAUGAAUUAUUUAAACAAUUUGAUACCGAUGGUAGUGGUAGUAUUAAUAUGGACGAAUUUCUAAUUAAAAUUAGGCCUCCCAUGUCCGAGUCACGAGAAAAAGUUGUUGAAAUGGCAUUUAAUAAAUUAGAUAAAACUGGUGAUGGUUUAAUAACAAUUGACGAUUUACGUAAUGUAUACAGUGUUAAGUCAAAUCCUAGAUAUAUUAGUGGAGAGGAAACUGAAGAGCAAAUUUUACAAAAAUUUAUUAAUAAUUUUGAGCAAGAUGCCACUAAAGAUGGACAGAUUACAAAAGAAGAAUUUAUGAAUUAUUACAGUGGAAUUAGUGCUUCUAUUGAUAACGAUGCUUAUUUUGAUUUAAUGAUGCGUCAUGCUUAUAAAUUAUAAACUUUAAUGGUAUACCUAUCCCUACCUACCUACUAUCCUAAUUUAAUAUUAUUAAACAAGUGUGAA